AUGGAAGAGAUUGAAGAUAAUUCGAGUGUCGAGUCAUACUACCAUCCUAGAGAUAUAUUCAAUAAACGAGCGAUCCCAUUCAACGGAGGUAUGUACGGCAAACGAUCGACGAUGCCGUUCUCCGGUGGAAUGUACGGAAAACGAUCCGGACCCAUUUUCGCUGAACGAAGAGCCGCAAUCCCGUUUUCUGGAGGAAUGUACGGAAAACGAUCAUUAUCCUCGGCGACACAAAGUUACGCUAACAACGAGAAUCAGAUCAAACGAGGAGCAAUGCCGUUCUCGGGCGGUAUGUACGGACGAUGA